AGUCACUGAAUAAAACUAGAUCUGUUGAUAUAAGUAUGUGGUUUGCAAUUAUGUUAUAACGACACUUUGAACGAAAAUAACGUUUUAUAUACUCCAUAACUUGAUUUUUCACAUUUAUUCUCUUCCUUCUUGAGUAAACCCUUUAACACAAGAAAUCAGAAAUCGUAUCCCCGGUAUUAGGAAUCAAGCAAACCCAGCGUGACUCUGCGGCUGUGCAACUUUGACGUCCAUAACAGAGUGAGCGUGUGGCUCAUGUGGAGCCGGUGUAAGGUCACACAGAACACUGCACUCUUUUUACCGGACUAAAGCUCCGAAAUGGUGUUUUUGACCGUCCCUCUUUGGAUCAGAUGCCGCGGACCUGACCGAUACUGGAAGGUCCAGGAACUCCUCAAGCAUGCACGGCAUUUUAGAGGGAGAAAGAACCGCUGCUACAGUCUGGCUGUGCGGGCGGUGAGGAGGGCUUUCGUCUACGCCACAAAAGGUCGCAAGCUGAAGAAACGCAACAUUAGAACGCUUUGGAUCACACGUAUAGCUGCAGCAUCCCGAGAGCACGGCAUGAAGUAUCCUGCCCUCAUGAGCAACCUAACAAAGAGCAGCGUGCAGCUCAAUCGAAAGGUUAUCAGCGACCUGGCCAUCACAGAACCUCGCUCGUUCCUCUCCCUCGCUAAGCUGGCCAGGGCCCGGCAGCAAGAAGGCUUCUGCGCGGCGUUGGGUGACGGCAAAGAACCUCCUGGUGUCUUCUCGCGUGUUGUUGUGCAGCAGUAGUGGCUGAGAUGGUGGAAAUGUUCAUUAAAUACAGUGGACACAUACAUAUUUUUUUUUUUUUAAACCAUUUUGUCAUGUGAUUUGUGACUUAGAAAUGAAAAUAUUGCUUGGCAGGGCGGAUUUUCUUCACUCUUCUGACCCUUUUUGAUUGUGACCUUA